AUGUCCACAUAUUAUAGCCCAAGACACUCUCUUUCCAGAGAUGUCGAUUUUAUGAGAGGAGAAAUGUGCCAUUUCAGACAGCUGCCACUCGAUCAUGUCGAUCGCCAAGCAACUUAUACGACGCUGCGAAACAAUCUGCAAGGUCUUUUGAACAGUCUCCGCUAUGAAAAUAUUAUAAUGGAGAAUAGAAUCUCUGAAUUGAGAGAUGAAAUCAGCAGACUUUCAACUGGCGGAGGUCGGAUGCAAGUCGUGGGUAGCAACCUGGCUGAAGAGAAUAGCGCGGAAAUUGUUUCGGAGGGUCAGCAGGGAACUAUAAAUUCAGACAUAGAUACUGUAGAAGACUGGGUGAGAGAAAUCCAACUCAUGGAAUAG